UUAUUACAUUUUAAGUUCAACAAAAGGCGUUUAUGUUGCGUUAUUACGGCUAUUGAAUUGACUUGGUCAUGUUUUAAUUUGAAAGUCCUACUCUUGGCGGUGUUUGCCGUUAUCUUUGACGACUUGAAGCCUUGUGACGUCUUUUUUUUUUUUUUCAAGUUAACGACAACUUUCCAGUUGAAAUUAAGGCAAGUCAUUAUUUUUUUACUUCCCUCCAUUCGAGCGACUUUACCUUGUGCGGAGAACGGCGGAGGAGGACCGGGCAGCCACGUCAACAGGAACCGACGACAGUGCGACACAAACCUGCUUCGGUUAGCGUCGUUAGCCACUCGGCACCGCAGGUAGACGUCGCCAUUAACGCCUUUUUAACCCAAACACUGGUUUUCAAGGCAAUAUAAACAUGGCCGCCUGGAGAAGACUCGGCUGCCAGAACCUCCUGGCGGCGUCCCUGCUCCUGUGCGCGAUUCAACUGGGCGUGGACGUCGGAGCGCGUCCGGCUAACAUGUCCGCCGCCAACAAAGACAAGAACACCGGCGGCAAGGACGACAACGAGAUCCUCCCACCGGGCCACUUGAACGGCGUGAAGUUGGAGCUGGACGGCCACCUCAACAAGGACUUCCACCAGGAGGUCUUCCUGGGCAAAGAGAUGGAGGAGUUUGAGGAGGACUCCGAGCCAAGGCGGAACAGGAAGAAGCUUAUUGAUAUCUUCACAAAGGUGGAUUUCAACAAGGACCGCAGUGUGAGCGCCAAGGAGAUGCAGCGCUGGAUUAUGGAGAAGACGGAGGAGCACUUCCAGGAGGCCAUGAAGGAGAAUAAGAACAGCUUCCAUGCCGUCGACCCGGACGGUGACGGUCACGUGACGUGGGAUGAAUACCGAAUCAAGUUCCUCGCCAGCAAAGGUCUGAACGAAAAGGAGGUUACAGAGAAAAUUAAGAACAAUGAGGACCUGAAACUGGAUGAAGAAACUCAGGAAGUUCUGGAGAGCCUGAAGGACCGCUGGUUUCAGGCCGACAACCCCCCUGGCGACCAGCUGCUGAACGAGCAGGAGUUCCUGUCCUUCCUGCACCCGGAACACAGCCGAGGAAUGCUCAAGUACAUGGUCAAAGAGAUUGUCCGCGACUUGGACCAAGACGGCGACCAGAAGCUGGCGCUCUCAGAGUUCAUCUCGCUGCCCAUGGGCACCGUGGAGAACCAGCAGGCCCAGGACAUGGACGACAACUGGGUCCGCGAGCGGAGGAAGGAGUUUGAGGACGUCAUCGACUCCGACCGCAACGGCAUCGUCACCAUGGAAGAACUGGAGGAGUACAUGGACCCGAUGAACGAGCACAACGCUCUGAACGAAGCCAAGCAGAUGAUCGCCGUGGCCGAUGAGAACCAGAACCACACCCUGGAACUGGACGAGAUCCUCAAAUACAGCGAGUACUUCACGGGCAGCAAGUUGAUGGACUACGCCAGGAACGUCCACGAGGAAUUCUGAACCCAAAAGUCCCUGUUUGAUAACUGCUUUCAGAGCCGGCCCGUAGGACGUGCAGGCGGCGCCGGCCUUCCCGUUGAAUGUGUCGAUUAGCGUGCUUAAUGUGUUGGCAGUACGUGUAUUUGAGACUUAAUGAGACUCCAAGUGUACAGUGUAAAUAUUCAAACUUACUCACAUUCGGCAUCGCUUUUUAACAUCCACUAGGCACCGCCCACCUCUUCUUUCAAACGGCUUUCAAAACAAAAGACCAUGAAUGAAUAGCAUUGUUAUGACACAUGGUACACAUUAAAAGGCGGGGGACAGGAUGUGUACUCGGCAAAAUAAUCCAGUGCAGUCCAAACUUUUGACGGCGAAGCUAGAAGUCCUAGUUUGAAAAUUUGACUGUGGAAGUCGCUGUCUUGCGGGUCUACGACUAGGUACGUCAAAGUAGCCAAGCGUACAGAUGAAACAUUUUCAGCUAUACGUUUUUUUUCUCCAGCACUUUUCAGUCUCUAGCCCAACUUCGUCCUCCUCCUGCACCCGGCCACUUACUGUUAAAGACAACAGGUGAUUAGAUUAACACGCAACACAUGUGCAAUCUAAUCAUCUGCCAGCUGUGUCUCGCCGUCAGCACAUGCCACGCCCCCGUCCGACGGCGCUCUGUUUUCAGAACCAUGGACAGAGGCGGUGACCUUUAUUUCCUGCAAGCGCGCUGAUCACACUCCCUUUCCACUUUGAGAUUGGUCAAGAAUGUUAUCGUACAAAAAGUUGUCCCUAAGAAAACCGAGCUACAGUAUGACAGUAUUUUUUAUUUUUUGUUUAAAAAUAUUUAUGUUGAAAUAGCUUCUAGAACAGGUUGUCAAAAGUGCGACCCCCAGCUAAUUAUUUUCUAGAGAAAUAUCUCUCUAAAAAGUGAAAUAAAAUAGCAUACGUAACGAGAAAAAUUAACAAUGUUGCCUUUUAUAACACAAAGCUGCCAUGCAGGCUGUUUUUUUUCUUUAAAAGUCAUUGCUCAAAAAAAUGAUAAGGAAUCAAAAUCAAUGUUGCAAUGAAUUAUUGCUCUAUUGAAGGCUCCAAUUAAUUCAUAUCAAAAGUUACACUUGGAAAUAGUUUUGGAGAAAAAUAUUGCGUAUUUUGUGUUUUUGCCAUUUAAAAAGGGUUUUAAUCAACUAGAUUGAUCGAGAUUGCAGCAUCAAUAAAAUUAUCUUAUUUAAAAAAAUAUAUUUAUAUUUAUAUGAAAUUUAUAUAUAUAUAUAUAUAUAUAUAUAUAUAUAUAUAUCCAUACACAUAUAAAUAUACACACAUACAUAUGUGUGUAUACGUGUAUGUAUGUAUAUAUAUAUGUAUGUAUAUAUAUGUAUGUGUGUGUAUAUAUAUAUAUAGUAUAUGUAUGUAUAUAUAUCCAUAUAUAUGUAUAUAUGUAUGUGUAAUAUAUAUUCAUAUACAUAUGUAUGUAUUUAUGUAUGUAUAUAUACAUAUUUAUGUAUAUAUAUAUAUAUAUAUGUUUACAUGUAUAUGUAUGUAUAUAUAUCUGUACAUAUAUAUAUACAUACAUGUAUGUAUGUGUGUGUGUAUGUAUAUAUAUAAAGAACAUUUUUUAAUUUGUUUGUUGAUAAUUUUCAUUUUAAAAAAUGUGCUGCUUCCAUUAAAAACAUUUUGGGCACCCCUGUUCUAAAAGUUUUUUUUUUUGACUGGAACUUCCUACAAAAGCUAAGCAGUUUUACAUUUUUGCAUUUCCUUCCCCUACUGUAGCCCAAAUGAAGCGAAACGCGACCAUCAACCUGAGCUACGACAGAUGAGUAAUAUAUUUAUACGAUCCGCAGGGUUAAUGAGGCUGCGAAGAAUCUUCACCAUUUUUGAAUGCAUGUACAGUAUAUUAAAAAAAAGUUUUAUUGUAGUGUGAGAAAAAGCACUUGACAGCUUUUCAUUGUCACAGAUGCACUGCCGAAUAAAUAAUUCCUACCAAUAAAA